GCGCAGCCUUCAUAAAGGACGUCCCUCCAGACACUGUGUUCGUUUACUCUUUACUUUGCAGAGGGAGCACAGAAGCUGCAAGAAGGACUGUGUGAAGUAACGGCAGGAACUUCACAACCAGUUGUUUUCAUACAGGAGAAGCAACUAGAAGACCAUGAGGAAACUUUAAAGGCUUAUAAGGAAGUCAAGGCUCAGAAAUCCAUGGAAAUGAACGGGCAGACGCCGGGGCCGCGUUCCUACGACUAUGAUCUCAUUGUCAUCGGUGGGGGCUCGGGUGGGCUGGCAGCUGCCAAGGAGGCUGCCAAGUAUGAAAAGAAAGUGAUGGUGCUGGACUUUGUCAGUCCUACGCCGCUAGGAAACUCAUGGGGUCUUGGAGGAACAUGUGUAAAUGUGGGCUGUAUACCUAAAAAACUGAUGCACCAGGCAGCUUUACUGGGACAAGCCUUGCAGGAUUCACGCAAAUUUGGAUGGCAGUUUACAGAAGAAGUCAAACACAACUGGAUGACUAUGACAGAAUCUGUUCAGAAUUACAUUGGUUCACUGAACUGGGGCUAUCGGGUUGCACUGAGAGAGAAGUCAGUCACGUAUGAGAACGCAUAUGGAGAAUUUGUUGGGCCACACACAGUCAAGGCAACAAAUAAAAGAGGAGGUGAGAAGCUGUACACGGCUGAGAAAUUCCUCAUUGCUACUGGUGAACGACCACGCUAUCUGGGUAUACCUGGAGACAAGGAAUACUGCAUCAGCAGUGAUGACCUUUUCUCUCUUCCUUACUGUCCAGGGAAAACCCUGGUGGUUGGAGCUUCCUAUGUUGCCUUGGAAUGUGCAGGAUUUCUUGCAGGUCUUGGGUUAGAUGUCACUGUAAUGGUGAGAUCCAUCCUCUUAAGAGGAUUUGACCAAGAUAUUGCAAAUAAAAUUGGUGAAUAUAUGGAAGAACAUGGAAUCAACUUUAUUAGGGAGUUUGUGCCCAUCAAGGUUGAGCAGAUUGAGGAAGGAACUCCUGGAAGACUGAAAGUUAUAGCCAAGUCCACAAAUGGGAACCAAAUAAUUGAAGGGGAAUACAAUACUGUGUUGCUAGCAAUCGGAAACAUUGGCUUGGACAAAGUUGGAGUGAAAAUCAAUGAAAAAACAGGAAAAAUUCCUGUCAACGACGAGGAACAAACAAACGUGCCAUAUAUCUAUGCUGUGGGAGAUAUACUGCAAGACAAGCUGGAGCUCACACCAGUGGCAAUCCAGGCAGGAAGAUUAUUAGUUCAAAGGCUUUAUGCCGGGGCAACCAGUAAGUGUGACUAUGUGAACGUUCCAACUACAGUAUUCACUCCUUUGGAGUACGGAGCCUGUGGGUAUUCUGAAGAGACUGCGGUGGAGAAGUUUGGGGAGGAAAACAUUGAGGUGUACCAUAGUCAUUUCUGGCCACUGGAAUGGACUGUGCCAUCCAGAGACAACAACAAAUGCUACGCAAAGAUAAUUUGCAAUAUUCCAGACAACGAGAGAGUCAUCGGUUUCCAUGUCCUUGGUCCAAAUGCUGGAGAAAUCACCCAAGGGUUUGCAGCUGCUAUUAAGUGUGGGAUGACAAAAGAACAGCUGGACAACACCGUAGGAAUUCAUCCAGUCUGUGCAGAGAUAUUCACCACCCUGUCCGUGACUAAGCGUUCUGGUGAAAAUACCCUUCAGGCUGGAUGCUGA